AUGACCACAACAAAACGUUUCAAGUUGAUCUCAGAAGAUGGUCACGAAUUUAUCAUUAGCAAAGUUGCAUUACGAGCUUCAAAGUUCAUUGUUGACAAAUUAGCGGAAGCAGGAAUCACGGAAGAAAAUUGUGAAACAAUGGAUCCCAUUCUUGUUCCAUUCCAUCACGUACUCGUAAAACAAUGUGUCGAUUGGCUUAACCACCACCAAUGUGAUGCCCCGAAAACCCGCAAGAUUAAAUACAAGCAUUUCUCAAAAUGGGACAAAAAAUUCUUCAAGAUGGAGUCAGGAGAGCUGUUCGCACUUCUCAACGCCUCACACGCUCUUGGAAUUGAUGAGUUGAUGAAUAUGGGAUGUGCAGUCGCGGCCGAGUUGAUUCGUGGCAAAAAUGUAGAAGAGAUUCGGAAGAUUUAUGGAAUCAAAUCAGAUGAGGAGCAGAUGGAGGAGCUUCUGGCGAAUGGCGGAGAAGGCACAUCGACAAUGACAUUCACUGUCGAGAAAUAUUAA